CUAGAGGAAGUCGUCGUGUUUAGCAUUUGUACUUACGUUUCUGUUGCUUCACUCCUUCUCUUGACAGACGCUAAAGGACAGCCAUAGAAGAGCAACUCUUUAUCUACAAAAUGUCUGGCUCAUGCACGUCAAAUGCAACUGAAAUUGGACAAGAUGAGGUAUCCACUAACAUCGAAGUAGGUUCUCCUACACCGCGGCGGUUGAUUUUAGAAGAAGAGUUACGGCCGGACGAUCGCGACACUACAUCUACUGGCUUCACAAACACAGUGCAGCUUCGCAACAAGAGGAUUGCAGGGAGAAGAAAAGUUAUCGUGUCUCAAGAAGUGACGUCAAACUCUCGGCUUUCAACUAGACCUAUUGCAUGGAAAGCUAGAUUGUCAGCUGGUCAGAGAUUGGUCCGUACUAAGGGUUAUGUGCCAGGAUCAAGUCUACGGGCGAUUAGCAGAUCACCAGCGGUCUUCAGCAAAAUCCGUGAUUUUAAAGUGAACUUUACUCUACCAAAUGGAACUGUAGUGCCAAUGAGUUGUUCUGGUGACAGCACAGUUGCACAAAUCAAAGAACAACUUUGGUCAAUUAUGAGAGACAUCGGGAUUUUUGAUGAAGAUCCAAGUUUGGAAGACAGUGACUCAUAUUCUAUCAAAUACGAAAAGGACUGCGAUACAUAUGAACUGUUUGAAAAACAGCAAAUAUUUCAGACUUUGUCGAUUGUCAGCUACUGGCGUGCAAAGAAUGCACCAAGAGGUCAGUUCAACAUUGUGCCAAAGAGAAUUGAAACAGUUCAGGAAAAGAUGUUGAACAAGAAGAUUGGCAAAUUAGUUGGUUUCAGUCUCUAUCAACUUUGCUCUGAAGUUAAGACAACAAGACAGCUAUUUGUUGGGGUGUGGAGGAGUGCUGUAAGCAGUAGAGACCCCAGCUGGUAUGCAAUGGAACCCGAACUGACACUCGGGAAAGUACCAUUGCAUAUAGAAAGCCAGCUGCAAGGUAGCAAUCAUAUCAUUGUGAAAAUCUACAGUGGCACAACGUUUACAACCACCAGUGUCCCAAAGGACUAUACACCAUUUCAGGUGUUGAAUGAGUACUUUCCUCGAGAUCCACUGAAGAAGGAGAGAGUCAAUUUGCCCAGAGAGAGCAAUUUGGCAAAUUACGUUUUGAAAGUUUGUGGUCGAAAUAUAUUUCUUGUUGGUCCCGAUCGCAUUAUUGAUUUUACAUACAUUCGAAGGUGCAUUGCUAAUCAUCACCCAAUACAACUAGCAAUUGUUCCAGUGUUGGACACUGAAGCAGACAUGCCCAGUGGUGUUCCAGAUCCUGAUCUAGUUGACGACAACACUGGAUUAGUUGGAUCUUACAAACAAUUAUCCGGAUUGACGAAGGAUUGCAAGCAAAUGUUUGCUAUGGCAAUGUGGGACAUACAAAACAAAUUCCGUGUACGUAUUGAUGGCAUUGAUGGACUGGACAGGACUUUGGCAUACAAGAGUGUUUUUGUGGAAGUUGGCUUGUUUCAUGGUGGUAAACCGUUAACACCAAUGGUUGCUACCAAUGAAGUACCAUUCUCUAGAAGUGUUCGAUGGGGACAGAGACUUACUUUAGACAUAAAAACAAGAGAUUUACCAAAGGCUGCUCGAUUAUGUUGCUAUGUGUAUGUUCGACAUUCUGAACAACAUAGACGACGGAAAUCUGAAUUGAAUUUGCUUAUGUCUGCAAUGGCUAAUGGUGUUCCUCUUCGGGCAGAAGUACUAAAUGGUAGUAGGGGAAACAUUGUGUUAUUACACUGGGUCAACAUGCAGAUCAUGAACUACAGAUCAAUACUAAGAGUUGGGAAAGUGCAGAUGCCACUGUGGGAGGUGUCAGCAAGUGAUGGGACACAAAGUUUUCUGUAUGCCUCUCCAAUUGGAGCAACCGCAGCUUCUUCUGGAGAGGCUGUUUUACACAUAGAGCUGGACUCGUAUGCUCAUCCUGUUGCUUAUCCUAAUUCAGAUGUGGGCUGGGGUGUUGCAGAUGGAAGAAAUGAUGAGGAUGUUGAUAUUUCUGUUAGUAAAUAUGGAGAAUCACGCUUCUCGUCUAUAGUCGAUCAUAUUAUAUUGGCAGAUCCACUAAGGGAGUUGGAGAAACAUGAACGUGAGCUUCUUUGGAGACUUCGGUGGAAUUUGAUAUCCAAACAGGAGGCUUUGCCUCGCUUGCUGCAGUCUGUAGAUUGGGGAAGUCUGGAACAAGUUGUUGAAGUACAUAAUAUACUUAAGAAGUGGAAAGAACAAGGGAUCACAUUGGAGGUUGCUUUGCAGUUGCUUAACUCUCAGUACGCAGACAGUGAGGUUCGAAGUUUGGCAGUAGAAAGACUUGAAGAGUUAUCAAAUGAUGAGCUACUACUUUUCUUUCUUCAAUUGGUCCAAGUACUUAAAUUUGAGCCUUAUCAUGAUAGUGAUCUUGCCAGGUUUUUGUUGAGGAGAGCUCUUCACAGCAAGCGAAUUGGUCACUGCUUUUACUGGUUUUUACGUUCAGAGACAGAUACUCCAGAGUUUCAGGAAAAAUUUGGGUUGUUGCUUGAGGCAUUUCUUCGAGGUUGUGGAAACUUAAUGUUGGCUGAGCUGGAAAGGCAACAUGAGGCUUUUCAUUCAUUUGCACAAAUUGCAUCAAACCUGAAGGCUGUGGACAAAAAGGAUCGAGCAGCUUAUCUUACAAGUGCUCUCUCUGCGCUUCGCCUUCCUGAAGCUUUUUGCCCUGCAUUUGAUUCUACGUUACAUGUUUGCAAGUUGCACGUUCAUCGUUGUCGAUACAUGGACUCUAAGAAGACGCCAUUGUGGCUUGAGUUUGGAAAUGCUGAUCCGACGUGUGCAGACUCAGAGCCUGUCAGGAUGAUUUUUAAGGUAGGAGAUGACUUGAGACAAGACAUGCUAACUCUACAAAUGCUGCGAAUCAUGGACAAGCUUUGGCAAGAAGAAGGUCUACACCUUAACAUGAUUCCAUACGGUUGUAUGUCAACAGGGUUUGAAGUGGGAAUGAUUGAAGUUGUGCCUCAUGCUGCUACUGUGGCAAAGAUUCAGAGAGAAUAUGGAGGUUCACUGGGAGCUCUCAAAGAUGAUUGUUUGUACAACUGGCUUAAGGAGAAAAACCGGAGAAAUGUAGAUUUUGAAAAUGCAGUGGAACGAUUUGUAUUGUCGUGUGCUGGCUACUGUGUUGCUACAUUUGUUUUGGGCAUAGGCGAUCGUCACAAUGACAACAUUAUGCUGACUGAUUCGGGGUGUCUGUUUCACAUUGAUUUUGGUCAUUUUCUAGGCAAUACUAAAAGAUUCAUGGGUUUCAAACGAGAGCGAGCACCAUUUGUUUUAACACCUGACUUUGUUACCAUUAUGGGCAAAAAGGGAAGUCCAAUCUUUCAACAAUUUGAGGAAACAUGUUGUAAAGCAUACAAUAUUAUCAGACGAAAAUCAAAUUUGUUCAUCAAUCUUUUCACUAUGAUGAAACAUACUGGAAUUCCAGAGUUGGCGAGCAUCCAGGACAUCGACUAUUUGCGUAGUGUUCUUGUAUUGGACAAAUCACCCAAACAGGCAGAACGGUAUUUCAAAGAGAAGAUCGACUUAUGCUUACGUCUAAGUUGGAGUACUCAGUUGAACUGGAUGGCUCAUAAUGUUGUUCAUUCCUAGUGACAGUCUUACUUAGUAUUUUUGUGAGAAUGGUUUGAGUGUUAUAUGCAACAGUAUACUGUGUAUUGAAUAACUGUUAUUUUUUAUUUUAAUGGAUUAUGUACAAAUCUUUUAAAUUAUUUUUAUAGCUUGCUGUCGUUUUACAGGACUUAACCGUAUUACUACGUGUAGUUUUUGCUUAGAAUGUACUAAUAUUAAACAG